CUUGAUGAUGGGCUCAUUUGGUCGAGUUGCACCUUCUUUUCCAAAUUACAUUUGUCUUGCGUUGUUUUUUCGUUUAAAACUGGUUGAGCUUUUAACUUCAGUUAAACAGAAACUUGCGCCUGAAAGUGAUCAGUAGAAACUAUGGGCAAAGAGAAAAAAGAAUCCAAGAUAAUUCCUAUUGCCAAAUGGUGGUACAGAUCCGCAGUCGUGCUCGCAAUUGGAGGCCAAGAAGAAGGGAAACAAUGGCGGGCGAGGUGGGGAGGGAGGAGAUGAAGGGGAGGAGGUAUGGGAUAGUGGGGGUGGGGAUGAUGGGGAGGGAGCACAUGCUCAACAUCGCUCAUUUGGACGGCGCUUGCGUGACCUGUGUUGCCGACGUCCACCUUCCUUCUCAAGAAGCCGCCCUUCAAUUGGCAGCUCAGUUCAACUGGCCCUUGAAGGUUUUUUCAGGGCACCAGGCGCUGUUGGACAGUGGGCUGUGCGAUAUCGUGGUCGUGUCGACCCCAAACAUGACCCAUUUCGAGAUCCUCAUGGACAUCAUCAAUCAUCCGAUUCCCCACCACGUGCUCGUCGAGAAGCCUCUUUGCACCAGCGUGGAAGACUGCAAAAGGGUCAUUGCAGCUGCUCAGAGGAGACCCGAGAUUGUUGUGCAGGUGGGAUUGGAGUACAGAUACAUGCCUCCUGUAGCUAGGUUGUUAAGUAUAGUCAAGGAUGGCUUAGUUGGACAAGUGAAAAUGGUGGCCAUUCGCGAACACAGGUUUCCUUUUCUUGUUAAGGUGAAAGAUUGGAAUCGCUUCAAUGUAAACAGUGGUGGAACUUUGGUGGAGAAGUGCUGCCAUUUCUUCGAUCUGAUGAGGCUGUUUGCUGGAUCUAAUCCUGUACGGGUGAUGGCUUCUGGUGCUAUGGAUUUUAAUCACAAGGACGAGGUUUAUGAUGGAAGGGUACCUGAUAUUAUUGAUAAUGCAUUUGUGAUCAUUGAGUUUGAGAAUGGAUCGAGAGGCAUGCUUGACCUCUGCAUGUUUGCUGAAGGCAGUAAGAAUGAGCAGGAAAUAUCUGUUGUAGGUGACAAGGGAAAGGGCGAGGCAUUUAUUCCUGAGAGCAUAGUGCAUUUUGGCACUAGAACUGCAGGAAGGCUUGGAGUUCAAACAAUUGAAGUGAAGAAUGAACAGAUAAAGUAUGAAGGGCUGCAUCAUGGAUCAAGCUAUUUGGAACAUCUACAUCUAUUGGCUGCAAUAGAAUCACAUGGUAGCCGUAACCCAGUACUCAGCCUGGAAGAUGGUCUAUACUCAGUAGCUACAGGUGUAGCGGGGCAGUUGUCAAUAGAAAGAGGCUGCUUUGUUACAAUACAAGAAGUCAUGGAUCUCAUCUAACAAGCAGGCAUGAUAAAGCUUAGAGGUGGAAUGGUGAUAAGCACUUCUUCUCCAUCAACCUUCCGCAUCCCACGCGUCGUCCUGCUCCUGAUCAAACUGCAUUCUUCCUUCUUUUAAUAAUGGACGUGCCAUUCAUGUGCUGACAACCAUCGUAAUUUGUUAUAAUCGUGAUUUGUUGUAGGCAACUCAAUCGGAUUGCUCUUCUUUAUGAUAAUUUGUAAUCUUUUGCAGCCAAUGUUCUCAUGACGGAGCCACGGAGGUACCAUUAUGUAAGCAACCUUUAGGUUUGUAAAACCCAACCAUUGCAAGUUGAGAAAACAAUUUAAAUUAUUGUGUUUA